GGACUUAUUUGAGCGGUGCACGAGGCAUAGAGGAGAGUUGAAGAAUUCGGAACAGGACAGUUAUUGAACCAUUUUUCACACCAACCAGAGUUAAUUCAUUCAUUUUAAUGCAAUGAAAAAAGUGGAUGUUGGCUGCAGGCUGGUGUGAGUUCUACAGAAGAAGAAGAUGUUUGGUCUCCGGUUGUCUCUUUGGCUUCGGUCUAAGACACAGGUUUGCCCUGUCUCCUGGCAGAGUUUUCAUAAACUGGCCUCGCUUCAGAAAGCUACAGGUCUUCCCCCGAAGAAAGUCCAAAGCUUACUCUACCCCUUCAGUGCUCUGGAGGCUUACCUGGACAGGUCAGUGGACAGAACUCCGUUCCAGCUCUUUCAUCCCAGUUUGGAGGACAUGGUUGAUGCAGAGAAGCUCUUCUACCCGUCUCCAUCCCAUAAGAUUGAUUACUACAUCUCUGCGGAAAGGAUGGACCAUGUCCCUGCACUGAAACCGCCUGAGGUGUGCUUCAUCGGCAGGAGCAACGUGGGCAAGUCGUCUCUCAUCAAAGGUCUGUUCUCCCUGACCCCACAGUUAGAAGUCAGAGUCUCCAAAACUCCAGGUCACACAAAGAAGAUGAACUUCUUCAGAGUGGGCAAAGCUUUCACCAUCGUUGACAUGCCUGGCUACGGACACAGAGCACCCACAGACUUCGUGGACAUGGUGGAGCCGUAUCUCCUCACAAGGAAGAACCUGGUCAGGACGUUCCUGUUGGUGGACGGCAGUGUUGGUUUCCAGAAAGCCGACAUGAUCGCCCUGGAGAUGUGUGAGGAGAUCAGACGUCCAUACGUGCUGGUGGUCACCAAGAUCGACAAAUGUGGAUACGGAACACUGCUGACCAACCUAUUGGAUCUUCAGGAAGUGGUGAAAACACAGACCACAAGUUGCUUCCCCCAGCCACUGCUGGUCAGCUCCCUCCACUUCGAGGGGAUCUACCUCCUGAGAUGCUUCAUCGCUCAUGUCACAGGGAGCAUCAGACUAAUGGACACCGGUCAGACCUGAGCAGCUGGACCCACAAUGCAACUGUCUCAAGAGGCUUUUAUUUUUCUAAUAAAAUCUUAAAACACA